AUGGAGCCAACAUCGACCCAUUCUACUAGCUCAAACAACGAAAGCCUCAGAAAGACUCAGUCUAAUUCUAGGAUUAUUAAAGAUAGUAAUUCUGUAUUGAACAGGUUAAAAAGUGAACUCAAGCAAUUGAUGUUUUCACAACCACCCGGAGUUUCGGCUUUUCCCGACUCGGACAAUUUAUUUAGUUGGGUCGGAUCGAUAACGGGACCAGAAGGAACGAUAUAUGAAGGUUUAACUUACAAGAUCAUCAUGAAGUUUCCGUCCGACUAUCCAUUUUCGGCCCCGUGUGUUCAAUUUCAAACACGCUGUUAUCAUCCAAAUAUAGAUGAAAUCGGUAACAUCUGUCUAGAUAUCCUCAAGGAUAAUUGGUCGGCCAUUUAUAAUGUGACUAGUAUCCUUAUUUCUUUACAAAGUCUUCUUGGAGAACCUAAUAUUGAUAGUCCAUUAAAUAACGAAGCUGCGGAACUCUGGGCUAAGCCAGAAGGAAGUGUGGUCACGCAUCCACGCUCGCAUAUCAAACAAUUGUGGAGUUCAGUUUUCGGACAAUAUCAAAAAAAUUCAAAGGAUAUGUCACAACCUAACACAGAUCACAUACCUUCAUCAUCUUCACCUACCCAUCAUUGGAUCACUGAUGAUGAGGAUGAAGAUCAAAAAGGAUCAUGUACGACCCCUUCAAAAAAUACUGCAAAGAGAUAUGCCACUUAUGAAUUAAAUUGGCAAGAUAACAAUAGUUCCGAUUAUUUCGAUUGUGAUUCAAAUGAUGACAUACCUGAUCAUAAUAUUAAUUCACAAAAUAAUGACACCCCCGUGGAUGAUUCCGUACAGCCUGCUAGAUGUUCAUCGCCUAACACGUCACCCCUUACAAUUCCAUCACCUUCCACUUCUCAGGAACCAUCACAACAGAAUGACCAACCUCGAUCCACUUCAUCUCAUUCCAAGAGUUCAUUUCCCCCAAUUUCCCCAAUCAAUACUAUGAGUCGACCUGAAUCACGUGUCUCGACCGAUAAUGAACCCCAAUCACCAUUUGGAGGGAUUACGGUAACGACUGUUAAAGUGGUAGAUAUCCUCCAUAGUCCUACACUAUCUCCUAAUGAAGAGGAUCCUUCAAUGAGAUCUUUUGCUGGAAAAGAUGAAUCAACUAUCCAUACACGGUCUAAUAAUAACAAUAACAAUUUUAUUGUUAACAAAAAUCAAUCAAUGAAUUCACGUCCUAAACCUUUAAACCUUUCGGCUACAGUACCUGUCAUACACGAACAUAAACAAAAUAUCAAUAAGUUUUCACUUCCGCAGACGCCACAGCAUCAGCCACCAUUGCCACAAUCACGCGUUAAAGAUAUUUCAACCGAAGAUUCUAAAAUGUUGAAACAGAAAAAACGUUCUUCAAUGAUUCGUUCUCAAAAAAGUAGAGGGGGCAAAGGGAAGAGUUUUAACACGAAUAGUAAACAACCGCCGAGCAUGAUACCAAAUGAACAAUCAUUUAUUGACCCAAGAUUAUUAGCACAACGAUCCCCUUUUAGAUCUCCUUCAAAAACAAACCGAAGGCAGGUUAAAAGAGGCGGAAAUGUUAAUAAAAAAAAAUUGUCUCAAAAGAAUAUGGAAUUCGCACCUACUUCGAACCCAGUACAUUCUAAUGAUCCAACAGAUAUGGAGGCUGACUUACUUCCAGUUAAAAACCAAACGUACCCAUGGUUACCGGGAUCAUCCAAACCACCUCAAUUACUUCACGCCUCUUUAGUUCCCCUUCCUCGACCUUCUGUGAAUCCAAAAAGAAAUUCAAAAGUAUUAUCUUCCAAUCCUAAUCGUUUAUCACGCGUUAAUCCUCAGAGGAAGCGCGAGUCAAUCAUUGUACCAAAUCCAAAUCGUGCGUCAUUAGUAUUUAGACGUCACAUUUUAGAGGAAAGUUUGAUGAUGUCGUUUGGUGGAAUGGUGGGUAAUGUUAAUAGUAAACCACAACCUCCCCAAAUAUCAAGACCAAUUAUUAAACGAAAAGCCAAAAAAUGUAGCAAUGCCAAAGUAGAAGAUAGAGAAGCAAGACGAGAGAGACGAAGAAAAGAAAAAUUGGAAAAAAGAUUUGCCGAAGAAGCGUCAAAUAAUAGCAAUAAUGUAAAUGUUCAAAUAGAAGGGGUAAAAUUAGAAAAUAAGAAUGGUGACGAAAUUGUCACUAAAACUUUAGAACAGAAUAGAAUUAUAGAAUAUCAAGAACUUGCUGAAAAAGUUGAAAUGCGUAAGAAAGAAAACCAAUCUUCACCGACUAAAUCAUCACAAGAUACAACAAUGAGCGAUUAUUUUUCACAACGAAGAUCUAAAGAUGAUGUUUCAUCAUCACCACCAGAACGAAAAAAGGAUGAUGAAAGCCCACAUUGUGAACCUAAACCGCCUCAUUUAGUAGCUCGUUCGAACUCCCUUGAACAUAUUUUAAGUAAGGAAAUGUCGAAACGUAAACAACCACCAUAUUCCCCGCCAAAUUCACCACCAUCGCCCGUGUCACGCACCCCACGUCCUAUUCCUUUGGAAGAAAGUGAAUCGGAUUCAUUUCAACCAUUGCCUUCUCCAGUUUUGACUUCAAACAAAUAUCAAAAAGUUGGAAUUAAUAUUCUAGGUGGAAUCUUUAAUAAACAAACAGUAAGGGAUGCUACUAGCCCACCAGUUUCGCAAAUGAGUUCGCCUGUAUUACAUCAAAUGCCAUCUCCUUUAUCACCAAGAUCGCCAUCCGCACCAAUUCCGUUGGUAUUGCCAUUACGUUCACCUAUUAAUAAUCCACCACAAUCUCCACCAUUAAGUCCAUCAAAAACUUUGAGAUUCCCACAACAGUUGCCACGAAUUGGAAGACCUCGGCGUGGAGUUGAAAAUGAUCCAAGCAGUCCUCCCGCUAUUCCAGAUCCAGAGAAAUUAAGAAAGAUGGAACGAUUUGAAGCUUUAAUUGCUAACUCAGAAAUGUCGAGUAGUAAAAAACCAAUAACUGGAAAAAUAAAAGCUCUAAUUACAAACACUUCUACAGUUGUAACGACUGCUGCUUCCUCUUCUAGUAUCACGAAUUCUAAUCCUAGUAUUGGUGUCCCUUUAAAUUCUAAUUUUCUCGGACGUUCAAGUGAAACUAAUUCAGAAUCACAAAAAGAGAAUAGGCAAAAAUAUUUAGCUAGAAACUCAUCAUCGACCAAUUCUGUAGCCGGAUCUGUUCAUUAUAGACCAGAGGAAAAAGCAAAAUUAGGAAAACCAAGUCAAGUAGAUGUUGAUGGUGUAAUAAGAGUGACAUUAACUCCGGCAGUUUGUCGAUGA